AUGGGGGAACAAACCCGUGAAGAGCCUUUCAGCUCACCCCCUGGACCUCAAUUGCAUCCUAUUGAAGAACGAGAUAGCAGUCCCAAUUCGUCAGCAUCGACCGAAACAUUGAAUGCAUCACCUAAAAAGCAAAUCGAUGAGCAGCCCCCAACACCCGGGCCAUCAGAGCAGCAGCUCGCAUUAGAAAAGCAACAUCAACAGACGUCCCAAUAUGGGCCCCCCUCAACACCUUUAACUGAACAACCACCACCACUUUCCUCACGCCCUUCUGUGGCUCGACAGCCGACCGAAUCUGGUAGCGUUUACUACGGACACCAACCCCCAUCAUUGGCGAGCAAGACAUGGAGCCAACAACAGGUCAACCAAUGGCCAACUCAUUCUCUAGCGGGAAAUAACAUGGACCCAGUCCAACCUCAAGAAUCACAACAAGGCAAUGUCUACGUUGAGCCGGAAUACCGACAACGGAACCCCAAAUACGGACGCGAAAAUGAGAAGCCAAUUUGGGGGCUGGCCAAGCCUCUUCCACGCGUUGUACGACCCGGCAUGCGUCGAGAUGAAAAGAGUCAAACAGCUGCUCAACAGCCCGAGCCUCCGGGUGAAUCUGCUCCCGCUCCAGAGAUGAGUGCAACGCCUGGGAUGUCACCACCGCAGUCUGGAGCUCCCCAGGUGCAGGGACAGACCUAUUCAUCAACAGCGCAGCAGGGCCUUGCUAAACAACAUGCUAUUUAUGCCCCGCAAGCCGAUGGCCUCCUUCGUCCAAUGGAAUCAGAAGCCAGUCAAGGAAAUAUACCCCAGAACUCAAAUCAAUGGAUGGAAGACCACCAGAUGGAAGAACAGCCACAGGAAGAAUUCUUGAAUCUGUGGGUCAAAAUCAGACACCAGAUGAGAGAGCCCUUUGCAGAAUUCCUCGCAACAACCGUCGCCGUCCUCAUCGGCCUAUGCGGCACCCUCGCAGUAUCGACCGGCGGAACAUCGGCAGGAAACCGUCUUUCAGAGAACUGGUCCUGGGGCCUCGGAUUCAUGAUCGGUAUCUACCUCGCCGGUGGUAUUUCUGGCGCGCACUUGAACCCAGGAAUCUCUAUCACGCUUUGGAUUUUUCGCGGUUUCCCAGGUCGACGAUGCUGCUACUAUAUUAUUGCCCAGGUGCUUGGCGCCAUCACUGCCGCGGGUCUGACCUACUGUUUGUAUCGAGAUUCAAUUCUGAUCCUAGCACCGAAUGCAUCACCAGGUGCAUCGGGACUUGGACUCUACACCGAACCACUGAGUCACGUCAGCUCCGCAACUGCUUUUUUCACUGAAUAUGUCGCCGACGCGGUAUUACUUUGUGUUAUUUUUGCAAUGGGUGACGAUAGCAACGCUCCACCGGGUGCCGGUAUGCACUCGUUUGUGAUCGGCCUCGUUAUCUACGUCCUGUGCAUUUGCUUGGGAUUCAACACUGGAGGAUGUUUGAAUCCCGUGCGAGACUUCGGCCCUCGCCUCGUUGCCCUCAUGGCUGGCUAUGGUGGGCACACUUUCACCGAUCAUCAAGGAUGGUGGUUUUGGGGCUGCUGGGUGGCUACCAUCAGUGGUUGUCUUACUGGGGGUGCUCUGUACGACACAUUUAUAUUUAUUGGAGGUGAAUCUCCUAUUAACUAUGCGCCACGACGGCGGCGUAGAGCAAGGCUCAAGAAGGAGACUAAGUGGAGGAAGAGACUUGGCAUUGGGCAGGACAAGUUGCCUGAAUUGGAGGAUGGGAUUAAGAAUUUGGAAGAUAAAGAGAGUUGA